CACUAUUUUUGCAUGAAAAUCCAGUGAAUGUUUUGGUUUAUUGUUAGUGGUUAUGGCAACUGUUAAUGAAGAUGAUGAACAAGAAUUUGCUCCACAGAAGAAGAAACCACUUUCUGAGGAUGAGAAAAGGAAGAAGAAAAUUGUGGUUGGGAGUUUGAUGAAAGCUUUGAUUAGACCUGGUGGUGGUGAUUCUGGACCUUCAAAUAGUGACCAGGUCUUAGAAGCAAAUCCUGCGCACGUCAAGGGUCUUUAUGGUCGUGGAAUGGUCUACAUGGGUAAUGGAGAUUUUGAAGAAGCAAGGGCUGAUUUCAAAAUGAUGCAACUGCUGCUCUUCUAAAACUGAAGCAGAAAGACCAGAUGAGAUUGGAAUAGCCAAUCAGUCAUUCUCUUGUAUAUGGUUGAGAUGUCACCAAAGGAAAGACUUUAUUCUUACACGAAUGUCGAUUAAUUCGUAGGAAGUUGAGAAGAAAGCUCGGAAACAGUUUAAAGGACUAUUUGGCAAGUUGAAAUUGCAGAAGUUAAAGCUAAUUAUGAUGAAAAUCAAGUCACAAGUGAAAUCCUGAAAGACAGUGAGGUACAGAGAGACUCAUCAGAUGGAACAAAUUCAGAGGAUUCACAUGAAACUGCACCUGAUGCAGAUCAAAGGGUUUGAUUCUCUUACUUCUGGCCUAUCGGGAGUAGAAUUUUUUCAUCUCUUGGGCUUCAAAAUGUACCAUACUAUCAUUUAACUCGAAGAUUGGCCAUAAUUCAAUUUUCAAAUGGAGGCAUGUUACCAGGAUUAAUAUUUUGCUCAGUUUUUUAUAUUAGCUUAUAUGAGGCUUACUGGCUUAGAGGUCAUUGAUAA